AUGAACAUGAGAGCCAGCGGGGCGGGCUCGGCGGCGCUGUGCCUGCGCCUGGGCAGGGAGCAGCGGCGCUACUCGCUGUGGGACUGCCUCUGGAUCCUGGCCGCCGUGGCCGUGUACUUCGCGGACGUGGGCACGGAUAUCUGGCUCGCCGUGGACUACUACUUGCGCGGCCAGCGCUGGUGGUUCGGGCUCACGCUCUUCUUCGUGGUGCUCGGCUCGCUCUCGGUGCAAGUGUUCAGCUUCCGCUGGUUUGUUCACGAUUUCAGCACCGAGGACAGCGCCACGACCACAGCCGCCUCCAGCUGCCCGCAGCCUGGAGCCGAUUGCAAGACGGUGGCCAGCAGUGGGUCUGCAGCCGCGGAAGGCGAGGCUCGUCCUUCCACGCCGCAAAGGCAAGCAUCCAACGCCAGUAAGAGCAACAUCGCCGCCACCAACAGCGGCAGCAACAGUAGCGGGGCCACCCGGGCCAGCGGCAAACACAGGUCUGCGUCCUGCUCCUUCUGCAUCUGGCUCCUGCAGUCACUCAUCCACAUCUUGCAGCUCGGGCAAAUCUGGAGAGAAAUGCUGAAGAAUCGCUUUUUCCUGUGCUUGAAAAGAAGAACAAAGUUUCAAUCUGAUAAUAGACAUGAAAGCUCUGAAAUCUACUGAAUUAGGAAUAAGGAGAAGAUACAAAAACAAUAGAAAAAGAAAUGGGGUUCACAUGAACUCUAGUCUAAAUGCUGUGACUUGCAGCAAAGUGCUGUCUUUCUUUCCUUCUGCAUAAGAAAUAAUUAAACCUGCAGUCCUCCCCUGAGACUUUUCCUGUGGUCACAUGGGGGCCUCCUAGGGAAGUGAGAGCAAGAUGAACUGGAAGGAUGGCAGAGGCCAGGAGAGGCAGGUUGUGGAUCAGGUGUGUGUAAAAACGCCUCAUGAACUCACUUGGGCUCGAUAUUUAUAUAUUGGCUCACGCUUCGUGAUCUCUCCGGCUGUUGGUUUGCAACCCUCUGGAGCUUCCCAGGUGAAAUUAAGAAUUGGUCCCUGGAACAUGAGGAGCAGGGAGAGAUGGGAAAAAAGAGGCAGACCACGCCAGAUAGGCCAGAUAGGUCGGUGGCAGUUUUUAUUAGCAGAGGAAACUUGCAUACACGAGGCUUGUCUUGUGGCUGCUGCAAGAUAAAUGGGUCCCUGCACCCCUGUUGCCAAAUCUUAAAAGGUUACAUAGAGGCCUUAACCAGGUUCAGUUAAGUACGCUGUGAAGGCGUUCUCAACACCGCAUCAUUAUGUCAAGGCUCUGUCCUUGGAGCAGCCUCUGGGAGCCAGAAAGGCAGGCAGAACCCACAUUGCAGGGGAAAGGG